GUCGGGCACCGAGUGGGAUAUAUUGGGUGGAUACAUCAGGACGCACCGGGUACGACUCUGUCCUUUCAGGAAAAUUUUGAGGACUUCAGUGUCAACCCUGUACGUAAAGCCACCCAACACAGAAUCAACAAUCGCCUAAAAGGGAAGUUUAAAAAAAUUCAGUAUGCCGGCGGCCAACAAAGAUUCUGAAGGUGGAUGGAAGAGCUUUGUCUGGAAUUCUGAAAGGAAGGAAUUUUUGGGACGUACAGGAAGCAGUUGGUUUAAAAUUUUUAUCUUCUAUGUGGUCUUCUAUGGAUGCCUGGCUGGAAUCUUCAUCGGCACCAUUCAGGCCAUGCUGCUCACCCUUAGUGACUACAAGCCCACGUACCAGGACAGAGUCGCACCCCCAGGGUUGUCACACACCCCACGUUCUGACAAAGGAGAAAUCUCCUUCACCAUGAAUGACCCAAAGUCGUACGAGAAAAUUGUCUCUGCAAUGAAUACUCUGUUGGAAACAUACAACUCCGCUGCCCAGGAGGACCAAGUGAAAUAUGAAGACUGUGGCAUUGUACCAGAGGUGUCCAGGAACCGUGGCGAGCUGGACGGAGAGGGAGGGCUCAGGAAAGCUUGCCGCUUUGACAGAGAUUGGUUGGGAAGCUGCUCAGGCGCCGAUGGCCAUUAUGGCUUCAAGGAUGGCAAGCCCUGCAUCAUCGUCAAGCUCAACCGCAUCGUCAACUUCACACCCAAGGUGCCAAAGACCAAUACGACCCUACCAUUAGAAGCCCAGGCCAACUUCCAGGCUAAUGCGCUGCCCAUGUACUGCACCAACAAGAGAGAAGAAGACAAGAACAAGAUCUCAGGGAUUGAGUACUUUGGGUUCAAGGGAGGCUUCCCCCUGCAGUACUACCCGUACUAUGGCAAGCUGCUGCACCCCCAGUACCUCCAGCCACUGGUGGCCGUCAAGUUCAACAACCUCACCUACGACGAAGACCUGCGUGUCGAGUGCAAAGUAUUUGGAGCCAACAUUGACUACAGUGAGAAAGAUCGCUAUCAGGGACGCUUUGAAUUCAAAUUCAAUGUCAAAUCAUCAUGACCUCAGCUAUGAAAAUAGCACUGUUCUCUGCCCAUUUCAACACAUACUGAAUUAGAAAAAAAAAAAUUGAAAAUAAAAACUGAUAAAAAAAAACAAAAAAACACGACUAGUCUUGAACAAACUCUCAUAACCUAUGGGACCUACACUUAAUCUGUACGCUUUACACUAGCUUUUCUGCAUAUGUCUAGGGUUAGAAUGUAAAUUACAGGAAGCGAUAGCAGGUAGCAAUAGCAACUUAUUUAUUCUACUGUAAAUGAAAUAUUCCUUGAGCCAUGGGACAUCUUCAUUUAUUACUGUAAAUUAUGAUUCCACUACUGACGUAGCGAGCAGUGUUUCUGUCCCAUAAGUAUUUCUGCCUAGUGUGGUUUUCUAUAUAUUUUGGAGUGUGUUGUGCAGUAAUCGCAUACAGUGGUCCUUUCCAAGCCAUGUUGUAAUUUUCUGUCGUCUUAUGUGAGUAAGCUUUAGUGGUCCAAGGUGUGUGUGCGUCUAUGUGUGCGCGUUACUCUGUACGUUAGUCUGUGUGUUUUUAUGUGAGUUCUGAAGUCAUUGUGUGUGUGUGUGUGUGUCUGUGUGAGUGAGUGUGACAGAGAUAGAGAGAAGGGAGGAGCGUGAGUGUGUGUGUGUGUGUGUGUGUGUGUGAGUAUGAGAUAGAGAGCAAGUGUGUGUACUUUACUAACUGAAAAUACUGGCAUGGUACGCCCUAGUCUCUUCAGAGUGUGUGUGUGGGUGUGUGAAGGGCUGCACUCAGUGGAAUCCUUCAGUCUCUCUGUGUCUUUUUCAGUUGAUUAUGGGAAAUUUUUAUUUUUAUGUCACAUUUUUUUCUCCUUUCUUUUUCUUUGGAUCAUCUUGCAAUGGGUUAUAGGUUGAUUACAUUUCUGUUUAAUUCUUUUACUUCCUUUGACUUUAGAGUGUAAGCUGGUGUGUGUUCAGCCUGAUGUGUUUGUCACCAUAGCGGCAACAGUGGCAACUCGGAGCUUUCAAAAACAUUUUUUUUUUGUUGCUGGAGACAUCACAAUGUGGUGUAACUUUCUAAUGAAUGUUUUAGCCAUUUUCAUGGUGGAAGAGUUUUAUAUUUAUGCAGUUGUACAAUUUUUUUCUGCAGGAAAAAAGUGUAAUGUAUGAAUCCAAAUACCAAAGUCAGUGGUCAAACAUAAAAAAAUUCAUCAGACGCGAUGCAGUACCCCUUGUAAUAGGAUGUUUUGUCGGUGUUUGAAGUGAAGUCAAUGUUGAACAUCAGAACAUCUGUCGAGAGUCCAACUGCUCUUGACAUUUUAUUUAAUCUGAGAAGACCUAAACAAAUAAACGGACAAUACUUUGUCAGA